GCAGAGACGAAACACACAGGUAUAAAAGGUGUGUAUCUGUCUCUGGCACGGCACAUCCAGUGCGCGUAAAGACGCGUCAUACCAUGCUCGUUGCACGUCCGUUUGCUACGUUUACAGGAGUAUACCACGAAGUUCUUGGAGCAUCAUUUUGACUUUGUCCGUAUUUGCUUCACGUUGAGCCUCACGUACAAUACCUGAAGGUGAUGUUUUGUUCGUUCGGCUCGCGUUAUGCAGAAAGUUACCCGUCAGGGAGCAGCCGCAGCCAUGAACACUCAACAGAUGGAGCAGAUGGGCCAGUUCAGGAUCACAGUCUGGGAGGAGGAGAACUUCCAGGGCAAGAGAUGCGAGUUCAUGCUGGAGUGCCAGAACAUCAUGGAGAGAGGAUUCUGCAAGAUCCGCUCCAUCAAGGUCGAGAACGGACCCUGGGUGGGUUAUGAGUACCCAGAGUACCAGGGACAGCAGUUCAUCCUGGAGAAGGGAGACUACCCCUGCUACGAGGCCUGGAGCGGCAACAGCGGAUACAGAACCGAGCACCUCCUCUCCUUCAGACCCAUCAAGUGCGCUAACCACAGUGACAGUAAGGUGACCAUGUACGAGUGUGAGGACUUCCAGGGCCGUAAGUUUGAGAUGUGCGAUGACUACCCCUCUCUACAGGCCAUGGGCUGGUGCAGCAAGGAAGUGCCCUCCAUCAAAGUCAACUCCGGAGCCUGGGUGGCCUACCAGUUCCCCGGUUACCGUGGUUACCAGUACAUCUUGGAGAGGGACAGACGCCAAGGCGAGUACAGACACUACAACGAGUACAGCACCCAGGCCCACACCAACCAGGUGCAGUCCAUUAGGAGGAUCCAGCACUAGACCAGAACCGGACCGGACCACUCUGAACUGAACUGAACCAGGACUCCCCCUCUCUCUCUGUGGCUCUAUGGAUAACAACCUACUUCUGGCAUGCUAAAGUGUGGAAUAGGAAAUAAAGGUUUUUCUUCAAAUCUAGAGACCAUUUGUGCUUUAUUUUUUUACA